AUGGGAAAUGCCAAACAGAAGGAGAAAGGUGUGGCUAUUAAAGCAGUCAUCGCAGAUCCGGAUUUUGUCACCAAGCUUAACGAAUGCACCACGAUUAUGACACCAAUCGACAUCCAGAUAAAGAUCUUCCAACGCGAUGCGGUGCCAUGCUCAGAUGUGUACAAGGCAUUUGUUGAGCUGGAAGAGAAGAUGCGCAACCUGCCGAAUGUUGAAGCAGGCAAGAAGGCUUACCUGGUUGAGCUGGUGCAUAAACGGUUUGACUUUGUGUAUGGAGAUGCGCAUGGUGUAGCCUAUCUCCUAGAUCCACGAUACAUGGGUGAUGGUAUGCUGCACACCCUAUGAAAGGAGAUUGAAGAUUUUAUCUACAAAUUUCCCAAAAAAGAUAGUACCACAAGUGAAGCACAGAUGGAGCAGUUGGCCCAAGAAUAUACUGCUUUUCGGAUUGAAGCGUGCAGAGAAAGGCAACAGAGCAAAUUCCUCUUCAAAAUGAUUGGCAAGUCCAAGACGGUACUCUAAUGGUGGAUAGCAGAUGGCAUGGAUUAGCCAUUAUCAGUGGCAGCGCCAGGCCUCAGAAUUGGGGGCAUUUGAGGGGCAAACUUGUAUUUUGGGGGACAAGAUAGAAUUUUUAAAAAGGCACUGCUAUUUUCCCAUGCCGUUUUCACAGGACUUUUGUCCCCCUCCCCAGGAGAUUCGCCCCCUCUCAAAAGGGGACAAUAUUCCUAGUGAUACCACCCCCGGGGGACGAAUAUUGGCUAUUUGGUCUGCAUUUAUCCGUUGACGGUUUUAUUUGUUUUUGAUCUGGUCUGUGUGGGCCUUUACAUAUUUGAGAAUUUAACUUUGCAAAACUAAAGCUUUUUUGUCUUUUUUGAAACGCAUUAUUGGAGUAUUGGCAAGUUUUACCAUUCAGAGAUUUACAAACUAAUAUUGAAACUGUAAAAGACAGUUUCAUGUAUACGCGCAUUCAUUAAUGAGUAAUGACAACUUAUAAGCCAUACAUUUUCCGAUAAUGACAAAGUGCUUGUGUAGCCUUUAGUCGCUCUCAGUGACUAAUAAAUUUUUUUGAGGGGGGGGGGAAUAAUUGGGGGGGGCAUUUGCCCCCCCUGGCGCCACCACUGGCCAUUAUUGCAGAAUCUGGCAUUGCAUGUCUUUUUUAUGGCAGCAGCCAGUGCCGCCUCAGAGCGGAAUUUUUCCACCUUUGGAUGUAUUCAUUCAAAGCUAAGAAAUCGCCUUGGUCCCGAGAAAGUGAAGAAAUUGGUCUAUAUCAAGACAAACAGUCUUCAGAUGUCAGAUGUGCUGCUCAAGGAUAUUAUUGUAGAGGAUUAA